AUGCCUGUUCCUCCCCCAGUUGCCAUCGUCGGCGUCAGCUGUCGUUUCCCAGGCGCCAGCAGCCCUGAGGAACUCGAAGGCCUACUGCUGAACGGUGGUUCUGGCUGGGGUCCCAUACCCGCCGACAGGUGGAACCGCGAUUCCUUCCACAACACCCACGCAGGCGCGCCAGAGUCGCUGGUGGCCAAGAAUGGGUACUUUCUUCGAGAUGACAUAGCCAAGUUCGACGCCCGCUUCUUCGGGGUCCCACCCAAGGAGGCUCACGCAAUGGACCCUCAGCAGCGCAUCUUACUCCAGACCACCUACGAAGCUCUGGAAAACGCUGGGAUGCCCCUGGAAGACAUCAGAGGGAGCAAGACCGCGGUUUAUAUCAGUUCUUUUGUAUACGACUACCAACGCAUGGGGUACAAGGACCUUUCUCAAGUCAGUGGGAAUCACACUGCUGGUACCGGCAUGGCCAUGCUGUCCAACAGGAUCUCCUAUGCCUUUGACUUGCGAGAUCCUUCUCAAUCUGCAACGAUGAGCGCCAUUGGGAUGGUCAAUCCUGACGGCCAUUGUUACGCCUUCGAUUCCCGUGGCAACGGCUAUGCCCGCGGCGAGGGCGUUGCGACCAUCGUGCUUAAGCUGUUGGACAAAGCUCUGGAGGACGGAGAUCCAAUCCACGGCGUCGUCGUCGGUUCUGGAAUCAACCAAGACGGAUACACCGCGGGCAGCAUCAUGUCCCCGAGCGGAGAGGCUCAGAGAGUCCUAAUGGAAGAGGUGUACGCGAGUGUAGGCUUGGAUCCCGCGCAGACCAAUUAUGUGGAGGCCCAUGGAACCGGCACAAGCGUAGGCGACAAGGAAGAAGUUGGCUCCAUCUACUCGGUUUUCUGCGAAGGUCGAACUCGAGCGGAAGACUUGUACGUUGGUUCGGUGAAAUCUAAUAUUGGGCAUCUCGAAGCAUCUGCUGGAAUUGCAGGUCUUAUCAAGUCACUUCUUGUGCUGAAGACGGGCAUCAUUCCACCACAGCUGAACUUCAUUGAGCCAAAGUCGUCAUUGAAAUUGGCCGAGAGGAACAUCACCAUCCCCAUCCACCCGACACCUCUGGGAGCUGGACCCAGCCGAGUAUCCCUCAACAGCUUCGGAUACGGCGGAACGAACUGCCACGUUAUCCUCGAAAGCUUAGACUCCUAUAGAGCUGCCCAUCGUCUGUCGCUGGCCAACGGACUUGAUGUCAGCAUGCCGCUCGACAGACAUGUGAACGGUGCUGGAUCUAACGAUGGUCUGGAGUCGGGCACUCAACUGUAUCUCCUGAGCGCCAACUCAGAGAAAGCUCUCAAGGCCUCCGCUCGGGACAUCAGUGCGUGGCUGUCGGAGCAUGCCAGAAACACAGACGACGCUUGCCAUCGAACCGAACUGCUGCAUGAUUUGGCUUAUACACUAGGAGCGCGGCGAACGCUUCUGCCCUGGCGGUCCAGCAUCAUCGCCUCAGACAUGCAACAACUCAGGUCGCUGCUGGAGUCGGUCCGACCCGUGAAAGCCUCGACCACCCCUCGCCUAGCCUUUGUAUUCACCGGUCAGGGCGCACAGUGGGCUGGCAUGGGUCGCGAGCUGAUGCCAUUGCAGCCCUUCAGGGAGUCUGUCCUCAAAUCGGAGGGAAUUCUGGCCGGCCUGGGGGCAUCUGCAAGGGGUUGGUCUCUACAGGAGCAGAUGUUUAGCACAGGCCCUUCCAGACUCGGGGAGGCUGAGAUCGCGCAACCUGCGACCACAUGUCUGCAGAUCGCGCUCAUUGACCUCUUGCGCAGCCUUGGUGUUGAUGCCUCAACUGUUGUGGGCCACAGUUCUGGUGAGAUCGCCGCCGCUUACGCCGCUGGUGGUUUAGAUCAUCUCGCUGCCGUUGAGUUGUCAUAUUACCGUGGGUACUGCUCCAGUCGGGGCAGAGAGGCCAGCCGGGGAACACCAGGAGCAAUGCUUGCGGUUGGUUUGGGCAGAGCCGGCGUGCUGCCGUACUUGUCAAGGGUGGCCACUGGUCUCAUCUCUAUUGCCUGUGUCAACAGCCCACAGAGCACGACCAUCUCGGGCGACGAGUGCGCCAUCGACGAGCUCAAGGCCCUGCUGGACAUGGAGUCUAUCUUUGCCCGCAAGCUGCGCGUCGACCAGGCGUACCACUCGCACCACAUGCAGAGAAUUGCAGGCGCGUACCAAUCUGCAUGUCAGCAGACGCGCCACGGCCGCACUCGCGCUGGCGUAUCGUUCUUCUCCACAGUGAAUGGGUGCAGAAAAUAUGAGGACUUCGACUCUCAAUACUGGGUGGAUAACCUCGUGUCCCCCGUGGAGUUCGUCACUGGCAUUCAGCUCGUUCGUGACGAGAUGAAAGAAGCCAAUGACAGGCGCAAGGAUGGUUACGUGUUUGUCGAGAUUGGGCCCUCAGCUGCGCUUGCUGGACCAGCGAAGCAGACCCUCGCCUCUUCCGAAGACUUCAAGUACACGUAUCUGUCGCCACUCGUCCGCCAGACAGACGGGCUGCAGACAACACUCACCAUGCUCGGCCGCCUGAUCGAGCUGGGGGUCCCCGUCAACAGGAAGAAACUCUCUUCCAUGGUGUCUGCAAGUCAGUCGCACAGCCCGAAGAUCAUCAGCAAUCUGAAGGCAUAUCCAUUCGCCGAAGACUCGGGUUCCUUCUGGCGUGAGUCUCGCCUCAGCUCGGCGCAGCGGUUCCGACAGUUUCCCUGGAACGACCUCUGCGGUCUGCUAGACCCGUCUUGCAGUGUCCAGGAACCUCGCUGGCGCCACUUCCUCAACAUGAAUAGCAUCCCUUGGAUGAAGGACCACGUGAUAGACGGCUCCAUAAUCUUCCCGGCAUCUGGGUAUAUGGCCAUGGCCGUUGAAGCCGUCAAGCAGCUCAUUCAGCUGCGCAAGAGCAAGACUAUUACCACGGGCGCCCCAGACACUGUCAAAAACUUCGCAUUCAAGGACGUCAAAUUUAUCAAGGCCAUUUCGAUUCCGGAAGAUGACCAUGAGGCGGAUAUAGAACUGCAAUUGACACUUAGUCCCUCUAACGAGGUAACGGGCCGGUGGCUUACCUUCCGGGUAUUGACGUUUAGCAAUGAUGCAUGGGACGAGGCCUGCACCGGCCUGGUGAGUUACGACACAGACACCACUGUCACCGAGGUUGACCACAUGGUCGACCGAGAUCUGGGUCAAGCGGCGUCUCUGGCUGCAUUUCAAGACAUCCAGGAAGCCUGCGCCUCUAACGACGAGAUCGUAACGAAGGAGACAUUCUACCAGAAGCUGGACAUGCACGGAAACCAGUACGGGACCAGCUUCGCCCUGCUACAUGAUCUGCACCUGAAUGCCACCGGGACCAUGGCGUGUACCAAGCUUACAGUGCCGGACAUGACGGAGCACAUGCCUGGGCACGUCCCGCAGCCCCAUCUCAUUCACCCAUCGACACUGGACGCCAUCAGUCACAUUGGAGCCCAACUCUUCCAGAGAUUCAACAACAACGCUCCAGUCGUGAUCGGCGCGGUGGCGAGCAUGAACCUUGUGGCGACAGACUGCGUCAGCCUGUGCAAGCCCGGCACUGAGCUGGUCAUUGCGGCCGCCCUGGACCGAGACCUUACAGAUUUGCAGUCGUGCAUCACGGAUGCAUACGUGUUCCAGAAGAGCGAAACAACCGGGGAGUUCUCACUUGCCCUGCAGAGUCAAUACGUGCUGCGGUCAUUCGGCUCAGGUCAAGCGGCUGAACAGACCGAGGGCAGCAACCAGGCUAAGCAGCCUCGACAGUUCGAGUGGAAGAUUGAUGCCGACUCUCUAGGGACUUCCGAGUUCCUCGAAUGGAUCAACAGGCAGCAGAAGCAGGGUGCAGAAGCUCCUGACAGUACAGAGAGCUUCAUCAGUGACUACCAGCGCGUCGAACAGGCAGCGUACAUCUUCAUCCGGCAUGCUCUAUUCAAGCUGAACAUGACCCUGAACACCAGCGGAACUGUUACGCCACCUUCAAUAACCGAGCCUCACCUGGACCGGCUCUUCAGCUGGAUGCAGAAGUGCAGUACAUCCCCCGAGCUUCACAAUCUAACUGCAGACCUCAGCUUUGAGGACGAGGCUCGCAUAGUACAAGAUGCAGAAUACUCUCUUAACCUCGGUUUCGAGGGCAAGAUGGUUGCUAAGAUUGGUCGGAAGCUUGCCGAUAUCCUGCUUGGGAAAUUCGACGCCACUAGUCUGAUGGACGAGGCUACUUUGCCCGAAGAGCUCUACAACAGCAGUCUGUUCUCGAACACUUACCAGCACAUGGUUGAGUAUCUACGCCUUCUCUCGUUCAAGAAGCCACACAUGAGAGUCCUUGAGAUCGGUACUGGCACGGGCGGAGCAACUGGUCAACUGCUUCAGGCGCUCAAGGGAGAGGAUGGUUCGAUUUGGCUCGACCGAUAUACCUGCACCGAUACGUCAGCUGAGUGCUUCGACAAGGCCAAGAGCAACUUAUCUGAAUGGCUCAGCUACAUUGACUUUAAAGUCUUGUAUGCCGACGGGGACCUUUCCACACAGGGAUUCGAGGCCCAGACGUACGACGCCGUGGUGAUUGCCAAUGUUGUCCUGUCAGCCAAUGACAUGACUUCAACUCUCGCAAAUGCGCACAAGCUUCUGCGUCCUGGAGGCAAGCUGAUGGUGGCAGCUCUCACUGAGCCCAGUGUCGCCCUGGACAUGGUCUUGGGCAUCCUCCCAACCUGGCGGGCAGAUGAAGACGAGCCGGUUCGACAGCGUCAUCUCCUGAAGACGACCGAAUGGGAUGGACUCUUCCGCCAGCAAGGAUUUACUGGCCUGGAAAUCUGUUCUCAUGGCCAACAUUGCUCAACCACCGGUCGCUCAUCGCUGAUGGUCUCAUCUCCUGUGGUCCAGCCUGCAUCUCCUCAUCAGGGCUUGGGUUCAUCGCUAUCACAAUCCCUCGACGGUAUGACCAUCGUCCAGGGCUGCAGCGGGUCGCGGUCUAUUCAGGCCCUGACACGAUGUCUCCUGGAAACGGCCGAUCAGAAGGGUCACAGGGGCUGGGUAUAUUCACAGAGCAUUGAGGAUGCUGCGGCCAUGGAGCCUUGGAACAUGACCGGCCCCGUCAUGAUCAUCGACGUGGCGGAGCAUAGCCUGCUUCUCACCGAAAGGUCUGAGGUAUUUGACUCUAUGAGACGCCUAUUGACAUCCGGGCUGUCAGUUAUUUGGGUUUCUCUCCAAGAAGGCUACGGAAAUGCAGUAGUCUCGGCAAAGAGAAGCAUGAUUCAGGGCGCAGCUAGAGUUCUCAGACGGGAGAACGGCGCCACCAGCAGACUCAUCACCUUCGACAUCGAAGAAACCACCGAAUUUGGUGACGAUGAAGUUGUCAGGAGUGUGUGCCACCAUCUCGUUGAGGGCACACAAUCUUCUCUGUCCGCUGACGAGGAGUCCUAUGAACGCGAGCUGAGAUACUCGAACGGCGAGCUUCAGAUUCCCCGGCUGGUGACGAAUACAAAGUUCGAGGCUUGGGCCGACACAGUCGGUGCAGACACCUCGUCCAAGACAGCAGCUCUCGAGCCGAGCGCCUCCUAUCACCAACUCGGGAGGCCACUCAAGCUUGAAGUGGGUACACCCGGCCUUUUGAGCAGUCUGCGGUUCGUCGACGAUCCGGCGAGUAGUGCCAAGGUUCCGCUCCAGCCGUGGGAGAUCCAAGUCUCGGCGCGCGCCCACGGUGUCAACUUCAAGGACGUUUUUGUCGCCCUGGGACAGAUGCGUGUCGGCGUGAACAUGGUCGGCGAAGUGUCAGGUGUUGUCACCGCCGUCGGCCAGGACAUGGCCAGCAGAUACAAGCCCGGCGACCGUGUCUUUGGCUUCGGGGCCUCGCCAUUUGCCAGCCAGCCUCGUAUCAGCGGUAACCUUGCCCAUGCCCUCCCAUCUGGCAUGCCGUUUGCAGAUGGGGCCGCGAUAUCUGUAGUAUACGCGACGGCUUACUACUCGCUCUUCAAUGCCGCGAAAUUCCGGAGGGGGCAGUCUAUCCUUAUUGCUGCUGCCUCAGGAGGCGUAGGCCAGGCCGCCAUCCAGCUCGCCCAGCACGCGGGCGCGAGCGAAAUCUUUGUCACGGUCGGAUCCAAGGCAAAGAAGCAGCUCGUCAUGGACAGCUACGGCAUCCCUGAGAGCCACGUCUUCUCGUCCAGGGGCCCCGGCUUCAAGGACGGCAUCAUGCGGCUCACCAAGGGCCGCGGAGUCGACUGCGUUCUGAAUUCACUGUCGGGCGAGAUGCUCAGCGGAGCCUUCGACUGCCUUGCCAAGCUCGGCAGCUUCGUGGAGAUCGGCAAGACGGAUAUUUACAAGAACAGCCACAUCGAGAUGAGGAACUUUGACAAGAGUCUCACGUUCGCGUGCGUGGACCUCGUCGUCCUUGGCAAGGAGCAGCCUGAACUUGUAUAUGAGACUCUUUCUUCAGUCUCGGCGCUCCUUGAAAAGAGAAUCAUCAAGGCCCCGGUGCCUGUGAAUACUCUCCCCAUCGGACGCAUUGAAGACGCUUUCCGUCUCAUUGGUACCCGUAAGCACACUGGCAAGAUCGUGCUGGAGUCACCCCUGGAUGCCACUGUGACGGCAACCACUGCGCCCGCUCCGCCUCUAGAGCUCUCCCGAGACGGCACAUACGUAGUUGCAGGCGGUCUGGGCGACUUGGGUAGGCGACUUGCAGCUUUCAUGUCCGCGCACGGAGCUGGUCACAUCAUGCUUCUAUCUCGACGCAGCAUAACCGGCGAGGACCUCAAGGCCCUUCGGGACCAAUGUGGACACCAAUCUCUCGUUCACGUAGUCAAGUGCGAUGUCACGAAAGAGACUGACCUCCAGACAUGUCUCGAGGUCUGCAGGCAGGAGGGCCUGCCUCCUGUCCGAGGUGUUGUGCACGCGGGCAUGGUCCUCAGGGACCGCCCUUUCGCUGCCAUGAGCCGGGAAGACUUUUCAUCCGCGCUGGGGCCCAAGGUUCUCGGGACCAUGAACCUCAACAAGGCGUUCCGGUCGGCCCAGCUAGACUUCUUCAUAACGCUGUCCUCCGUUGCCAACCACAUGGGCAAUGGAAGCCAGGCCAAUUACGCCGCUGCCAACGAGUUCCAGGAUGCUUUUGCCCGCGCGCACGGCAAGGACAAACCCGGCCACAAUCACCACACUCACUACAUCAGCAUCGACCUCGGGGCCGUUGCAGGGUCAGAUGCAGUUACCAAGCUUGCAAGUUCGAACAGGCUGGACUCAGUCAUGGUCUCCUUUGACGACGUGUUCCGGAGCAUCCGGUACGCCAUGAGCCCACAGUCCAGGCUCGACGGCUGCAGCCAGUCCAUCCUGGGUCUCUCCAGGCAGGGCCUCACAGAAGCCGAGGACUACGUCUGCCUGACAAACCCGUUGUUCAGUCGCCUACCAUACCCAGAACAACUGGGUGGUGACGACGCGGGGCUGAAAUCGAGCGAGAAAACGAAUGAUGUCGACAAGCUCAUACGCCAAGCCGGAUCUAUUAAGGAGGCUGAGGCCUUGAUCCAGGACACGAUUGCUGCCAAGUGCGCCGUGUUCCUCGACCGGCCCAUCGACGACGUGCCCAUCAACCAGCCGUUGGCCAUGAUAGGUCUCGACUCCCUCGUCUCUAUCGAGCUCAAGAACUGGCUCAUCCGGGCUUUGCAGGCGGCUGUCCAGACCUCGGAAAUAUCCAGCGCGCCGAGCAUCGCUGCUCUUGCCUCGCUGGUCACCAAGAAAUCUAAGCUCAUAAGUGACGAGCUCAAGGCGGCAGCGGAGGACGCUGGGCAGGCCAACAAUGAUGCUUCUGCGUCUGAAGAGGCUUCUUCUGGCGCGGUGGCCCUGCCAUCACACGGAUUCAACUGCUGCAAGGCGUCGAACGAGCUCCCGAAGUAUCCCCUUUUAGAGUUGGAGGAGACCAUGGCCUACCUUGAACAGAACGUCUCCAGGUUCGCCAAGAACGGCGAGGAACUCAGGGGCCUCCAGCAGGCAGUGCGCGAGUUCACCGCCCCGGGCAGCAUCGGCCGGCAGCUGCACGCCCAGCUCAGGGAGAGGGCCAACGACCCAAAGAUCGACAGCUGGCUGGCAGACGUGCACCUCAAGGGGCUGUAUCUGACCCGCAGACACCCCCUCGCCCCGUGGGGCAACUUCCUCAACACGCACUACGACAGCCCCCAGCCUCACGGCCAGGCGGAGCGCGCGGCGCUCGUCUCGACCGUGGCGUUCCAGUUCCAGAAGGAAGUCGUCGCCAGGACCGUGGGCCAGGACUGGCUCGGCAGCCGGCCCAUCUGCUCUUACUCGUGGGACUGGAUAUUCAACACGGUGCGCGAGCCGCAGCCCGGCUGCGACGAGAUGCGGAGGUAUCCCGGCAAUGACUACUGCGCCGUACUGAGGAGGGGGCACUUGUUCACCGUCCCUCUCCGGCAUGAGGGCCAGGAUGUCUCGUAUGAGGGGCUGAAGGCUACCUUCCAGGGCAUCCUUGAUCGUACUGACCUAGAGGAUGACUGCUGGGCGGGCAUCCUCACGUCCGACUUCCGCGAUCCCUGGGCGGACAACCGGGCGGUUCUCGUCUCGCUCAGUGGGUCCAACGCGGAGUAUAUUCAGGCCAUCGAGAGGGCAUCAUUCGUGGUCUGCCUCGACGACGGCAAGCCCAUCACCAACGAGGAGCGGGUACGGGAGUGCUACGUCGGCACCGGCUUCAACAGGUGGUACGACAAGGCGACGCAGUUCCUCGUCUCGGCCAACGGCCGCUCGGCCCAGCUGUCAGAGCACUCCAUGGUGGACGGGCUGACCCUCGUGCGCCUGACGGAGCGCAUCCACGACGCCAUCCAGUCGCACGUCCCCUCAGCAGGUUCAGCAAGCAACAACGCCGUACCGGCCGCCAGAUUCACCCUGCAGACGACCCCAGCCAUAGAGGCCCGCAUGGCCGAGCUGCGCGGCGUGUACUCCCGCGAGACGGCCAAGAAGAAGUACACGCUGCACACGAUCCCGUCCCUGGGCAUCGCGGCGACCGUCAAGUCGGGCCUGACGGCAAAGGCCUGCGUCGACAUGGCCAUCCAGCUCGCGAACCGGAUCCACUUCGGCCACAACCCCGGCAGCUGGGAGCCCGUGGCCACGCAGCACUUCCACCGCGGCCGGCCGGAGCUGGUCCAGGUCGUCACGGACGCGGUCGUGGACUUUUGCGAGGCCGUGCUUGACGGCCACGGCGGCGGUGACAGGGCGGCCCUCAAGGAGCGCCUCGCCCGGGCUGCUGCGGAGUGGGACCAGCAGUUCCGCCGCGGCGCCGAGGGCCGCGGGUUCCUGCGCAUGUGGGACACGUUGGGCGGGAUGCUGCCUGAGGGGGAGGAGAAGCCGGCUAUCUUCACGGAUCCGGUGUUCUGGCGGGCGUUCCCUGGACGAGUGCUCCAGGUGCGCAAUGAGGCUGAGGUGGAAGACGCGGCUCUGUGUCUAUACGAGGAGGAUGCCUUGUGGAUGAGCUAUGCUAUCAGGGAGCACAAGGUUCAUAUCUCUAUUACGGGCGGUGCGAGCAAGGUUGAUGCGUACUGCGAGGCUCUGAAUAGGGCUGGGGAGAUCAUCAGGUCUAUAAUUUGA